CGAUGUCUGGAGGAGGAGAAAGGGGCGGCGCUUUGAAGUGGAGCCCAAAACUUACUGUAUUUCCACACGUUGGCCCGAGUUCUGCGCUCACCAAUGGACCGAGGAGGCGAAAGGAAGAGCGGCUCAGUGAUUCCCAGAAUAUCAGUCUGAAGCUGAUGUAAAACACCUCGUAUGCUGCUGAAAGGAAACUCGGAUGAAUCAGGAUGAAUCAGGUAAUUUCCAGCCCAGGCUCAGCUGCUGCAGACCUGCUGGACGAGGCCAACGAGGAGCUCAGAGUGGACUUCUUCAGGAAAUUAGGCUACUCUUCAGUGGAGGUGAAAGCUGCAUUCAGGAAGCUGGGCCUGAGCACAGACACUAACUCUGUCCUUGGAGAGCUUGUUAGAACCAGAACCAGCCCCGCGACCUCUGGUUCCAGCACUGACAGCGAUGAGAAGAACGCGAACCUGAAAGACCUUCCGCUGCCUCACAGCUGGACUCUGGGGCCCUGUGGGGUCACGCCGCAUCAGGGAGACCAAAACACUGACACAGAAUUGAGGCCUGUUGUGAUUGACGGCAGCAACGUUGCCAUGAGCCAUGGCAACAAGGAAGUGUUCUCAUGCCGAGGCAUACAGCUGGCAGUCAACUUCUUCCUGGACAGAGGUCAUAACGCCAUUACUGUGUUUGUCCCCACUUGGCGGAGAGAGCAGCCGAGACCUGACGCUCCCCUCACAGAUCAGCACAUUCUGCUGGAGCUUGAAAAACAGAAGAUAGUUGUGUUCACUCCGUCCCGACGCGUCGGAGGGAAGCGAGUGGUUUGCUAUGAUGACCGCUUCAUCGUCAAGUUGGCGUACGAGUCGGACGGCGUCAUCGUAUCCAACGACACCUACCGCGAUCUCCAAGGAGAGAGGCCCGAGUGGAAGAAAUGCAUUGAGGAGAGGCUCCUCAUGUACUCAUUUGUAAACGACAAGUUCAUGCCCCCAGAUGACCCUCUGGGCCGCCAUGGCCCGAACCUCGACAACUUCCUGAGGAAGAAUCCUCUGCCAGUGGAGCAGAAGAAACAACUGUGUCCAUACGAUAAAAAGUGCACUUAUGGCAUGAAAUGUAAAUUCUACCAUCCUGAGCGAACAAACCAGUCCUAUCUGUCACUGGCCGAUGAACUCAGAAAGAAAGCCCAGAUUUCUACUGUAAAAGACGAGAGAAACACCAGAUUAUCACCCAAACAUCUUCAGUCUGAUCCUCCGCCUACCCAUAUGUUCUGCUAUCCUCCAGACUCUGACCUCAUAAGAGACAAGCAGGUUUCUGCACGUCCUGCUCAGGUUAGUGAAAAUAAGCUGCUGUACUGGGAGGAUCCCAGAAACAGUCCAAAUCAUGUGCCGUGCGGUGUAACAGGAAGCCAGCCUCAGAAGGAGUGGCCUGGGCUGCACAUAACACCGAGCAAUUACUAUGCCAACAUGUCUCACGAGUACCUGGAUUCAGGCCUGGGCUCUUUUGAGAGCCAGUACUCUGACACUUCACAUUCCCUCAGCAACUCCCAUAUGCCCCGGCCCCAGCAUGAGAGCGUCCUCGCCUCACCCGCGCGAUCCCCAGUGCAUUCAGAGGCGAAUAGCAGCAGCCAGUCCUGCAGGUGCUGUUCCCCUUCGGUGCCUCCGAAAUCGCAUCAGCAUCAUCACGUAAACAUGGACUCCAAGGGUCAACCGAACUACCCCUCUCAUAUGUUUCCCCCCGCUGUGGCCAGCCGGAACAGCCUCCCGGGCCAUUUCCAUUACAGUGCAGCGCCUCGUCUGCAGCAGAAUUACUGGUCGGAUCCCUUUCAGGGGCUGCCCCAGGCCAGGGCGUCCAGUAGCCUCCCGUGCUCCGUCCAUCCCUCUCACUCCCACAACUCAUGCUCAUCCUAUUCGGGUCAUCAGUACAAUUCCUGGGGCCAGCGGCAGCCGCCUUCACCUGCGUUUGACCCUAAAAGGCUUGAACUGCGGCAGAACCUGCAGGCCAUCUUCAACCCACAGCAGGUGGAUACAGUGAUGGAAAUGUUCCCCCAUCUGAUGAAUGCUGAGAAACUGGCUGCAGAGAUCCUCAACCUGAAAGCUCAGAGAGGGAUUUUCUAAGUAUUUUGUGUCCCGAUCAGCUAUUGAUCUCUUGUCGUAUCCAAAGGAUACUGGGUCGAGCGAUAUUUAACCUCUCUAGACAGAUAUUGCUCUCAUAUUAGAUAGCAGACGGUGUGGUUCAUAUUUGAUUCACAUUUUGAGGUACGUUUCACACCCCAGCUCACUGAUAUUCAAAGUUCCAGUGUGGAUGUUGGCGUAGAGUAGACAUCAGUGAAGCUCAUCUGUGCAGGGUGACUUAUGAGAGAUUUUAAGUUGUUUUAACAGAGAAGGAAAAGCAUCAGAUUUGGUUGAAGGUCAAUCCAUUCAAACUCUGCAAUAUUCAGUUCAGGGUUGUUGCACGCUGGAGCCCAUCCCAGCUGAUUAUGGGUGAAGGCAGAGUACAGCCUGGACACACAGUCUCACACACUCACAUUCACACCUAGACAUAAUUAGUGACCAAUUAACCUCAAAUGCAUGGUUUUGCACUGUGGGAGACGAACAUGCAAACUUGAACCAGGGAAGUUCCCGCUGUGCGGUGAGAGGGCUAACCACUAGCUAACCAUUCAGUCUUGAUGUGAAAAUACUCCAGUAAUACGUUUUUGUGCAUUGCAAGAGCUGAAUGAACAAUUGCAUGCAGUUAUCUAUCCUUCAGCCCAUUGGGUCUUUCAAACCUCUAUUUAGUCUUGAGUGAUGUUGGUGAGUGAUUGUAAUAUAUAUUGCAUUAUGUGCAAUGUGCCAGUGUAAAUGGAAAAGGUACUGUUGUAUUUAUGACCAGUUUAACUAAUCUGUUAUAUACCUGUAUGACAUCGGAGUCAGAUAUGAUCUUGCCAUCCAUGUUUUGGAUAAAAAGUGCCUCUAGAGCAGUUUGUAACUAUGGUUGAGUUUCUAGAGUUUUGACUGUUGAUGCAUAUUGUAUCAGAUUUGAACUGCUUUAAGUUCUCAUGCAAAUGAGUAAUUACUGUAUCAAGUAUUACUUAUUUUUUCACACUCUGUAGUUCUCAUGAACAGCCGUCUGUUCAGUAUUAUAUCUGUAGAUGAAAUGCUAUUUGUAAAUUCCAAUCUAUCAAGGGAACUGAAACUGUAACUUGUAGCGUUUACUGUGUAUAUGGAUAACUAUAUGAUUGAAAUUAAAACGUGCUUAUGAGAAAUAUG